AUGCGGAAGAGGUACCUGGGGAAGGUGUAUCAAGGCACGCUGGGCGCGGGGAGUGAUAUGAUGGUGGUGCAGCAGAGUGGGAGUGGGGAGGAGUGGGUGAAUCAGAUCGUUGCCGAGGCACUUGCCCAGAUGAGGAGUGGGAGGGAUGUAAAAAGGGGAGUUGAGAGUGGUGUGCACCAUCCGGACCUGACAACGAUGCUAGGGUGCGGCAUUGGCCUGGACUAUAGUGUCCUUGUAUUCAAAUACAUCCCCUUCCCCUCGCUUCUCUCACCUCCUGCACACCGACGCUAUGCCGCUCCAGAGCGUCUUGCCUCCUCCCCCACCAAGCCCCGCAGCCCCUUUGCCUCCUCCUCCCCUCCAGCCGCUGCUACAGUCGUGACUGCUACAGCUGGCAAGGGGCAGGGGGGCAUGGAGGCGGCAGACGUGUUUGCGUUCAAGGUGGUGGUCCUUUCUCCUGCUCUUUCUUCUUCCCUACACUGUCCCCCCUCCUGCCCCCUCCACCUGCUCCUUUGCUCCAUCCUUUUCCCUACUCCACCCUGCCUGUUCCUCCCCUCUCUGCCCCACAUCUUCUCCCCUUGUUCCCUCAUCCACCCACCCAUUUCCCUCAUAACCUCCCCUCUAUCCGACCGCUCUCCUCCGUGGCCUGGCCUCUCCUCCCCUCUACACCACGUCCCAAACAGCAGGCACGGCAGAAGCUGUGGGUGGCGGGACAACCUGGCAGCGCUGGUGGACCCACAGCUUGCAGACGAGUUCAACCCUCACGAGGUGGAGGGGUUGGCAGGGCUGGCUCUUGGGUGCACCCAGUCAAAUCCGUUUGUAAGAGAUUUCGGAUGUCUCAAACCCUUGCUCACCCCUUCCGCACCCUCCUCCCUCUUUCUCCAGGUGGAAGGGCUGGCAGAGUUGUCUCUUCGGUGCACUCAGUGA